AUGCUCGUGCUGAACGAGGCGGAUCAAGUGACGCAAGAUAUGAGGUAUUCAUUACAAACACCUGCUACUACUACUACGACGUACAGUAAUCGGAAGAAGCUAAGUCCGAUAAACGGUGAGCCGAUCUUUGACGAUCGCAUCGUCAAGAUUGAAACUCACACAUACAAUCCGUACGUGAACACAACAUUUGAACACAAUGAUGAGAUACGCAUACCUAUACAACAGCAGGACUUGUACACUUUACCUUGUCAAAGGUUUCUUUACGUCAAAGGAAAAAUGACGUUGACGGUGAAAGACGAAGAAGAAGUAUUUCUGGGUAAUAAUUGUGUAGCUUUUAUGUUUGAUGAGAUUCGCUAUGAACUUAAUGGUGUGGAGAUUGAUCGUAAUAGAAACGUUGGGAUAACCAGCACGAUCAAAAACUAUGUAUCGCUAACACAUGAUAAAAGCAUGGCCAUGAAAAAUGCUGGAUGGGAUAUUACACAACAUACAGACGUAGAUAGUUACUUUAGUUUCUGCGUACCUUUCAGCAUGUUAUUGGGAUUUUGCGAGGACUACAAGCAUACGAUUAUCAAUGCACGUCAUGAACUAAUUUUAAUACAAUCGCACAACGACAAAAACUGCAUAACAGCAAUCUCUCAAGUAGAUUGUGAGGCAUUGAAUGGAAACAUUGAAUUAUUCAAAGUGCAAUGGCGAAUGCCACAUGUAGUAUUGAACGAUGUCACGAAGCUCUCGCUGCUACGAACUCUGGAAAGCGGACGGUAUUUAACUAUGAGUUUCCGCUCGUGGGAUCUCUAUAAGUUUCCAUUAUUACAAAGCACGACUAAACACUCGUGGGGUGUAAAAACGGCGACACAACUUGAGAAACCGAGAUACGUCAUAUUUGCGCUACAGACUGCUCGNAGAAACGAUAUGUCAGCAGAUGUCACGCGAUUCGAUCACUGUCAGUUGACCAACGUAAAACUUUAUCUUAAUUCUGAAUUCUAUCCUUAUGACGACUUGCAUUAA